UGAGUUCCGAAUAAGGCGAAACUGAAAGUAGAGAAGGCUUCCAAAUGGCAGGCUGCUGCAAUGUUGAGGAUGUGGUUGAAUUUAUUUGUUCUAAAUUAGAAGGCAAACCAAUAUGUGAGGACGUACGAAAUCAUUUAUUAUCAAUCUCACCAACAGAUUUUAAAGAGAAUCAAACAGCUACUGAGGGCUGGUUACGAUGGGCGAGACAUGAGAACCAUCUUAAAGUGAUCAGUGCAGGUGUACCAACAGGUGUUCUUCCUAAUGGACUGGAAGGGGAAAUAAUAGAUGUCAAAGUGUUUACAAAGCGUGGGCCAGAUGAUGCCAUUUACGACAAAAACAAGGAAAUCAGGAAAAGGGUAGCUCGGGGAAACAGUUUUUUGCACAUAGACAAGGGUUCAGAGGCGGGUACACGAUGUGUGCUUCAAGCGAUGAAAAAGUUUACAGGAGGGCUAGGAGAUGAUGAUGACAGAGAGAUGGGAGAUAACUUGGUGUGGAAGAAAUAUUUCACUAAGCCUAUAGAGGAAGCUGACAAAGUGAUAGCAACAAAGAAGGCCAAUGGAGAGGCUGCUCAUCUCAGCUGUUGUUUGAUUGAUGGGGAGUAUGUUUGGUGUGGUGGAUCCAAAAAUGUGCAUUUGAUGUUCAGAAAGAAAGAUGACAUCAAGAAAUAUGCUGAGUCAAGGUUCCGCAUUGCAAGAGAAGUAUGUGAGACAGUGAUUGAUUCAUUAGACAAAAUGGGCGAUGAAGCCGAACUUAGAUUGAUGAAGUUCAUGGCUUGGAGUGGAUACACAGCUGUGUUUGAGAUUUUAUCUCCAGUCCAUCAGCAUGUAGUUGAUCUCUCUUAUCUUUCUAGUCCAGAGCUGAAAUUCAUCACAUGGACCAAAUUUGAUUUGGACCCUAAAGAUGACGACUGUUUAGGGGCCAUUCCUCCACAUAUUGGUAUUGAGAUUGCUAAUGCUCUAGGGUUGUCUGGUGUGUCCUAUGACAUCAUCACAACUUCUGAUUUAGAUCAGAGAAUGGCUAAAAUAAGACAAGAUUAUAAUUCUGAGGGAGAGGUCCUUUAUUUCAUGGACAAACAGGGAGAAGUUAUUGGACUUUUAAAGAAGAAAACUGUUUGGUAUAUAAUGUGUCGAGCAAUUCGUGAAAAAUUGCGAGCUGGAUGUACAUCCAAGGAAAAGACCAGUGAAGCCUUCUCUCUUCCCAAAGUUCAUCAGAAGAUGGAGACAAGAAUGAAUGAAAUUCAGAAAUGGCUGUCACUAGAUGACACAACUUUACAAGACUGGAAGAACCUUGCAAACAAAUUCCUGAGCUGGACGUUGCACAAGUUUGAAACAGACUUUACAUGGGAUAAUAUCAUCGACAAAUACCCAGUCACAUGGAAACAGUUUUUGGAAGAAAACAAAGAGACAGACCACAUAGUCGUAAAAUGUUACGAAGGAUCUCUCAAGAAAUAACACAAGCUUUUGACCUUUUAGUAAAAAAAUCAAUUAUCACUGAAGAAUAUGCAACCCGGCCACAUUGUCACAUUUUCAGCCUCGAUACUCUACAAAAUGGGGCCAAAAUGCUUUGCACUUUUUGGUCAGCAGUCAUUUGUUUGUCAGUAGACCAAGUGAUCUGAUCUUAGAAACAUUAUCAGUGGCGUCGGAAGCAAAUUGAAAGUGGGGGGCUAGACUAAUCCUCAGAAAUGUUGACAAGCAAAAA